CUCAACGAAUUUAAACAAAAUCGAAACGAAUCCAAACAAUUAAAACUAAACCACAAUUUGUGUCAAUUAUUUUGCCUCUCGAAUAGUAGAUAAUUACAACAGCAGGAGCAGAACAAAAAAACUCCCACGCCUAAGACAAAUUUUCAGUUCAGUUAUUUAGCCGAAGACGAGACACACAUUUACACAAAAAACAACACCGAGCAUAGCGGAGCACUGAUGACAUGCCAAGAUCAAGCAUAUACGUGGACGAAGUCUGAAAACAAUUUGAAACCGAAUUUCAUCAACAAGUAACCGAUUCUUCCAAGCCAACUGUAUACACAAAGCCGCUGCUGCAACAUGGAUUUAACACCCUCAGCCUCUAGUUCGUUUGAGUCUGCAUGUGAUAACGAAUCGAAGCUGAGCAACUCUUUAAUAGGAGAUGGCGAUGGCGCGAAUGGCACUCUAUAUGACAGCGCCCUGGAUCAGUUAUCGACGACGACGACCUACAAAUCUUGUGACGAUAUUACCAUCAGUGACCUGAAUCACAGUUCAAUGAGCCCAAAACCAGCACAAAUAAUAUCCCCAAUUGAUUUAAAUGCUGCUCCCAAUGGCAAUUUGUAUACAUCUCCAACGCCAGCUAUUAAUGCAAGCAUGUUAUUGAUACAAUCCGAGAGUACCGAUACAAAUACCUCGCAAGAAGAAGUUGAUCCCAAAUCCCAGUUGGCCAAUAAGACAAUAUUCAAGUCGCAUAAUCCCGAUUUGUCAAUUAUAGAGAUAAACGAUAAUUCAAUAAAAGAGCAGGACCUCGAAAAGGAGGUGGUACUGAUCGAGGGAGAGGAGGUGAAGAGUAUUUUGAAAAAAUCGCCAAUAAAAGCACCAGCAACAUCGACAACAACAACAACAGCUGCAACAACAGCACCGGAAACUGUGCAGGCAGAGAAACGCCGUCGCAAAACAGAAUCCCUUUUGCAGUCGAGUAAACAAAAAUUGGAUAUCUCCAUAGCCGAGGCAUCUGCUGCUGCCGAUGGUGGUGACGGAACUCUGGUCUCGGUCAAUGAUCAGCCGCAGACUAAGCGCGACAUAAAUAUCUACAAUACAUUGGAGGAGUUCGAACAACACUUGCCACCCACAGUUACGGUUCUGAAUACUCCAUUCGGCAGCAAGGUCUAUCUUGUCGGCACGGCACACUUUAGCGAAGAGUCACAGGAUGACGUUUCUUUUGUCAUACGUAAUGUCCGUCCAGAUGUGGUCAUGGUUGAGCUAUGCCCAUCCCGCAUACACAUAUUAAAGCUUGAUGAGAAGACUUUGCUGGAAGAGGCCAAGAAUAUCAAUAUACCCAAGAUACGAGGCAUUCUGCAGACCCAUGGCUACAUCAAUGGCAUUUUCUUUAUACUGCUGCUUCAGAUGAGCGCACAAAUCGCCAAGGACUUGGGCAUGGCGCCAGGUGGCGAAUUUAGACGAGCCUUCGAGGAGAUACGCAAACUGCCGGGAUGCAUUUUGCACUUGGGUGACCGACCAAUACGCAUUACUUUAUACCGUGCUCUACGAGCAUUGUCCUUGUGGCAGACCAUGAAGUUGGUGUGGCGUUUAACCUUCACCGAUAGCAUAAGUAUCGAGGAAGUCGAGGAAUGCAAACAACGCGAUUUACUUGAGAAACUCAUGCAAGAAAUGGCAGGAGAGUUUCCAGCAUUUUCCGAUGUAUUUGUACGUGAGCGAGAUCUAUUCCUGUGUCAUUCCUUGCAAUUGGCUGCCUUGCCACAGGCCGCGCCCGGAGCAACACAAGUGCGUCCCGUACGCGUUGUGGGUGUAGUGGGCAUUGGUCAUGCUAAUGGCAUUGCCAAAAUGUGGGGGCAUGUGGAUCCAGAGAAGAUACCCUCAAUACUUGAAAUACCUCCAGCCAGUCUCGGUCAGCGGGUCUGCAAGUACACCAUAAAAUACUCGCUCAUCGGUCUGGGUUGCUAUGCUGCUUUUCGAUUUAUGCGGCCUCGUUUAACACGCCUAUUUUAAAAUGGAUUGUCGUUUGGACCAAGUGUAUGACGAUGUCCUCCAAUGUUUCCUAAGUUAUUAAAAAAAAAAAUUUAUUUUCUCGGAAGUUUUGGGCAGCUAAUACGAAUUGUAUUAACAUACAAUAUAUUGUUGUUUUUUUUUUUGAUAGAGUUCAUUUAUGCACAACAUUAAGAGAUGGAAUAUGUGUUGUAACUAUUGAUGUAUAUACAAGAAAAUGAAAAAAAGACCUUUACAAAAUAUUCCUGGUUUUGAAAACCCAAAAAACGAGAGUGUACCGAUGCUGCUAAUCGCCCCCGAAAUCGAAACAAUUAACUCUCAAAAUAUAUAUGGGCUUUUGUUCACAUUGUUCUUAACGCAUAAUUAUUAAAGUAAACGAAAAACCA